CACGCACAGUUUGAGGAGUGUGCACUUGGGGCAGGGUCGCUUCGCUGUGAGGAACCAUGGGGGACAUCGAGGCUCCCGGCUCUCCGCCGCCGGCCCAGAACGUCCUGCUCUCGGUUCUGCCGAGCAAGGAGUUCGCCUCCUCCAAGAAAGGAAUGCUGCUCCUCGCUGAAGUGGCUCUCUCCUUCAUCUCGUUUGUGUGCUUCGCGGCGUCCGAGGCUGCGGCCUUCGUCACCGUGCCGCUGCUGGAGUUCCUGGCCGCUCUCUUCUUGUUGUUUGCUUACUCCACCAAAUUCAACGAGAGGUUUAAGGGCUUCCUCUGGCCUCUUAUGGAUUUCAUGAGAUGUGUGACCGCCUCCGUCAUCUUCUUCAUCGUCUCAAUAAUGGCGGUGUCCAAAUACGUGGACGGGGCCUCGAAGGCUGGAGGGAUCUUUGGGUUCAUCGCGACCAUUGUGUUCGCUGUAGAUUUUUACCUCAUCUUUAAUGAGCUCGCUGCUUUCUUAAAGCAGGGGGGGGGAACCACAGAGGAGCCGUCGAGGCAGCAAGGGGGCAGUGAAUAUGAACCAACCCUCUACACAGCAAAGUUAACUACACCACGUCAGGAUGAGUUUUCUGACUCUGACUCCGACUGAGACCUGGAGGGAUCUCCACCAGCGGAUACUCUUACAACAAGUCCACCUGUGCAGUAGAGAUGUCCGCUGCUGUGCUGACAUCUGUCUCAUAGAGCCUCAAGGUUACGUUAUUAGUGGGGGUGCAGUAGAAAUCCCAUCUACUCACUGACUGUGUCCUGAUUCCUCUCAUCUGGGAUUCUCUGUUCGGUCCUCAGGGGUCAAACAUGUUUAAAUGGGAGGAACAGGAUCCUGUGCAGUUUGAAUGGGUUUCUUCUGCUGAGCAUCAAAUACGUUGUUCUGUUUAGUUCAUUAUUCACUGCUCAUUACAAGUCAUUGGAAAAACAAUAGUAAUGUUUCAGUGUCUCCGUCGAUUUUGGUAAAAUAUAAAAGCUCUUUAUCGACCUGAUUCUUUAGUUAUCAUUAAGCUGUGAACUUGUUUGGUGUCAUUAUACUGAAUUGUUAGAAGCUGUUUGUAUCCACGUGUGAGAUCAUUCAGUCGAGAUUGGAAAUUGUGACUGAUCAUGACUUUGGAGCCUGUAGUGUGACCUUGAUUACACACAUCUUUAACACUAAUUGAAUGUCCUUAGUGAAUAAAUGUUUACGAAUGGCAUCUUAAAUAAGAAAUAAGGCCUACACUCACUUGGCAGUUUAUUAGGUACACCUCACUAAAGCUAGGGAUAGUGUUUCUGUCAUUCUUUCUGCAUUUAUAUCUAUAAGGGUCGGCUUUAUAUCGGAAACAGCACUCUGUAUAAGUUAAAGCAGCAUAAAUAACAACGUCCAAAAAGAUCAAACUGUUCUAUCAACUGGAAAACAGUUUGACACACUUACAAAUAGAAUCAUGGCCGUGUGGUUAAAUGCUAACCGGUGUAGUUUCAGUCAAACAGGUGCAUGUAUAUGGCCAACCUGAAAACAUAAUGGUUCCACACCGUGGCAUUAGUUCUAGCUGGGUGUACCUAAUAAAUUGUCUGUAAGAAGGAUGUACUCAGCAUUUAUAGAAUAUUAUAAGAAAUUGUACAGAAUAUAGACAGGCUAGUUGGUGGCAGGUUGGCUGGUUUCAACCUCUGUCCAAUCGUCUUAAGUCUACAGGAAUAAUUUGUUCAGAAUUUCAGAAUAAUGUUUCUAUUGCUUUUAAAUUUGACUUUUGAAUGAACAGACGUCCUGUUCCUUCUGCGGGUCACUGCAUUGCAAAUGUAUUCAGUGAACACAAAGUUGGAGAGCCUUUUCAGCUUGUCUGCUGUAUGUGUGUAUGUGUGUUAAUAAUGCAUUGGAGCCACUUAAUGCAGUAUUAUUUUCUUUAAUGCUAAAUAUCAAAUAUGUGAAUCGUUUUUUCCAGUUUCUGCUUGUUCGUCUGAUUCUUCAGUUCCUCCACUGCCACUACUGAGAAAUCAGGUGCACUAAAAAUCCCACAGCGACUGUCUAUGUAAAACACAUCAGCAUAAAAUGAGUGUUGUAAAACAAAUGAAAGAAGUUUGAUUUCAAAUUGGCGUCAGUGGCCUCUGAUUUCCAUGUGGGAUUUAAACUGAUGAUGGAAAGUUGAGCUUCGAUAGUGAUUAUUCGCCAUUGUGCCUUAUGUGGGAGAGUUUUGUUUGUUGGGAAAGUAAAAGUGGUUCCAUUUAUAUUAACAUUCUGCUUUACAUUUUUACAUUUUUAGUCUAAAAUGAAGAAAAUAAACUCAAAUCCGGGCCAGAUGCAAAAGAACCAGACCACGACUGAUGCUAAACAGUGUGUGAUGCGGUGUUAUCACUGUCCUGUAAAAAAACAAAAAAAUUGUAGGACACAUUUCCCAUAUGGAGGAACAGAUAAUCCUUCACCUAAUCACAACAAAACUUACGUGUAAAGAAUUUAGAUAUAAUCUCAUGGUGAAGACACAGUAUCAACACAGGGUCAUUUUCAGGACCUUGCUGAAAAAUUGUAGGUGAAAUAUAAAGUGUGUUUUUUUUACUGUUAUGCUCUUUUGUCUUUUGUGAAAAAAAUGACUGAAUAAAAACCUGAAGUUUU